UUUGCUCAAGAAGGUUCUAGCUGAUGACUCACCCUCUUUGAAGUAGUCCAGAUUUAGAGAUGUUUUAUAUUGUUUAAGAUGCACCGAGCCUAUCAGUCCGUUUUACCAUGCAGCAGCAAAUACCUUCAGCAAAAGUGGGACAAAGCUGUCUAUGAAGAGCACUGGAAAAAGGUCCAGGCAGCCAAACCCGUGGUGGACACCUCUGCUCCUCCAACAUAUGGACAUCUUCUUUUGAAAUUAAAGAAACUUGAGCUUGAAAAGGAUCGCUUGUCAAUCAUUGAGAGAGACAAUCGUUUGCUCCUGGAGAAGAUGUCUUUCAUCAUGAGGACUACAGGAAGAAUUGAUAACAAAAAUGAUUAUGAGCCCAAAAGGGAGAGGUUAUGGCAUUGGUACAUUAUCUCCUUUAGUCUGAACAGGAGAAAACGAGAGCAAGAAUUACUGAGAAUAACAAAAGAGAAUUAUGCCAUUCUGGAGAGGAUUACAAAAUGUCAGCCUCAGUAUAAGGUCCAGAAGUGGAAUGAAGACUGGCACAAGGCUGAAGAGUACAUGAACAGUAUUGCAAGAUACCCUCGUAGAUUAUGCAAAUCGCGGAAUCAAAAGAAACAAAAAUACAACAAAAAAACACCAAAAAGAAAGAAACAGAAAGCCAAGCGUCUGAAUGAUGGAUGCCUGACAGACAAAUCAGAACGAAAGGAAAGGGAAGACACAAAUAAUGAAAACGAAAAUCAAAAAAACCAAAGUGAAAAUCAAGAAGGAAAGGUGUAAUCAAACUAAUAUCUUAUGAUGGUAGCUAGACAAUGGAUAUCAGAAGUUUAAUCUGACAAAAAUCAUCUAUAGAACAUUGCCAUUGUUAUACCAAGAGUAGAUAUCAGAAACAUCUUACUUUAAAACUUUAGAUAAUCUCUAAAAUGUUUGUGCCAAUUACUAGGUAUGAUAACAUAAGUUCAUUGGUUAGGGCAGCAAUUCUGUGUAUAUCUGAAAAUGAAAUUCUAUUGAAAUCAGUGGGAAUUAGUUCCAAAAACAGUACGAAGUAUAGGAGGUAAGUUUUAUUAAGUUAUUGCUACAGGUUAUGAAUUGGAUUUUUACUGAAACCAAAACUGCAGUAUUCAUCAAAGAUUUACCAAUAAAAGUGUAUGCAGUAACUCUCAUACAAUUAUACUAUCAGUAUUCUGUGAUCCUAAGAUUUACUAUUCAUUGUUCCCUACACCAUGUGCUUUUGCUUCUUCUUCUGUGGAAAUAUUGCAUUAGAAUGCAUCAGUACAUGGUAUAGCAAGAUCAUUUGGGUGUCUACCAGUGCUCUGUGGGCAAUGUCACAGCUCCCAGCAGUGGCACUUGGUACUCCUUUGCCAUUCAUGGUAUCAACAUCAAUGCAAAAGUACUCCUUUUGAUAUAUAGAUAGAUGUCCGUGUCCAUUUCUGAUUUGUGCAAAGCCUUGAAAAUGUGAACUGUGCUUAGGAUUGCUUUAAAUAUUAUUCACACUGGCUUGUGAGGUGUCCUUUUCUGCCCCACUCCAAGGAAAACUCACUAAUAUAUAGAGAGAUAAUUAAACUCACAGGACUGAAGGCAGGAAACUUUUCUGAGUGAAUCUAAACACACAAAAGCAGAAACUCUUCAUUACAAAAGAUGUAUUUUCUUUCAUGCUGUACAAUGGAACAGACAUGUCCGGAAACAAAUCCUCCAACCUUUUUGGUCAUCAGGAAAAACAGAAUCUACAGUUCAUCAACAUAUAUUUUUUAAAAACAUUGUUAUCACAGAACAAAACGCUUAACUUCUUCAUUUCCAACACCGAUAGACCCUUCAUUUUAGAAGGACUUCUUAUAAGAAAACAAGAAGGAAGAAACAGCAAGUUGAACAUGAAAAAAAAAGACUGGAAUGUGUUCCCAAGAGACAAGUCAAGUGCCAUGGAAAGGAGUAUCAGAGUCAAUCACUGAUCUACUUAAAAGUAUGGGUCUGCAAGAUUCCUCUUCUGAAAGCAAGAGUGGAGUUGCCUUUUUGUAGCCUACUGCAAAAUAAAUCUUGUUUAGUAAUA